CGCCGACAGACCGCCGCCGCCGGGGAGCCGCUGCCGGCGCCUCCCGAGCUCGCUGAGCCCAGGCCGCGGGCCGCCGAGGACCCAGCGAGGGCUGCGCGGUAAACUGUCGCCGUCGUCACUCCGGACGCGGAAGUGCGCCUUCCUCGGUUUGCUUUAAAAUAGGGGCUUGAGUCUCGCCGGCAGGUGUAGUUGGUGAAAUUCAAGGGAAAUUCCCCUCCGCAUCCCGGCGCGGCGGUGUAGACCCCGCCCCUCCUCGCCCCAUCCCCCCUUCCCCCGGGACGGCGCUCAAUGCCUCCGGGAGCAUCUGCUGCUCGGGAGGCGCCGCGGGGGCGCAGGGCCCCCCAAAGAGGGGCAGCCCCCAGGGAGUGCGGGCCCCGAAAAUGGUCAGACCUGCGCCUAGCCUGGCAAUAAGACUGUAACCGUGGGAGAAUUCAGCUUCCUACCCAAGCAAAAUGAGGAUUUUUUUGGUAGAACCUGCCAUCUGCCUUAGUGCGUUUGCUACGACUUUGAGCAGUCCACUGGUAACACAAUAUGUGUACAGGAGGAUAUGGGAAGAAACAGGCAACUACAGUUUUGCAUCUGAUAGCAAUAUUUCUGAGUGUGAAAAAAACAAAAGCAGCCCAAUUUUUGCAUUCCAGGAGGAAGUUCAGAAAAAAGUGUCUCUUUUUAAUCUGCAGAUGGACAUAAGUGGGUUAAUUCCUGGUCUAGUGUCUACGUUCAUACUUCUGUCUCAUAGUGAUCAGCAAGGACGAAAAUUCCCUUUGAUUUUAUCUUCUGUUGGUGCCCUUGCAACCAGUGUUUGGCUCUGUUUGCUUUCCUAUUUUGCCUUUCCAUUCCAGCUUUUGAUUGCAUCUACCUUUAUUGGUGCACUUUGUGGCAAUUAUACCACAUUUUUUGGAGCCUGUUUUGCCUACAUAGUUGAUCAAUGUAAAGAACAGAAACAAAGAACAAUUCGAAUAGCUAUAAUUGACUUUAUACUUGGACUUGUUACUGGAUUAACAGGACUGUCUUCUGGCUAUUUUAUUAGAGAACUAGGCUUUGUAUGGUCGUUUUUAAUUAUUACUAUGACUCUUACUGUUAACUUGAUUUAUAUUUUAUUUUUUCUUGGUGAUUCAAUGAAAGAGUCUUCAUCUCAGAAUGUUUCCAUAUCAUGUAGUGAAAGUUUUAAAAACCUAUUUUACCGAGCUUACAUGCUUUUCAAAAAUGCUUCUGGUGAACGACGGUGUUUGCUCUGUUUGUUACUUUUUACAACGAUCACUUAUUUUUUUGUGGUAAUUGGCACUUCUCCCAUUUUUAUCCUUUAUGAAUUGGAUUCACCACUCUGCUGGAAUGAAGUUUAUAUAGGUUAUGGAUCAGCUUUGGGUAGUAUCUCUUUUUUGACUAGUUUCCUAGGAAUAUGGCUUUUUUCUUACUGUAUGGAAGAUAUUCACAUGGCCUUCAUUGGAAUUUUUACCACCAUGGCAGGAAUGGCUAUGACUGCUUUUGCCAGAACAACAUUGAUGAUGCUUUUAGUCAGGCUGCCGUUCCUUUUCACUAUUGUGCCACUCUCUGUUCUACGGUCCAUGAUGUCAAAAGUGGUUCAUUCUACUGAACAAGGUACCCUGUUUGCUUGUGUUGCUUUCUUAGAAACACUUGGUGGAGUCACUGCAGUUUCCACUUUUAAUGGAAUUUAUUCAGCCACUGUUGCUUGGUACCCAGGCUUCACCUUUCUGCUGUCUGCUGUUCUGUUACUAAUUCCAGCUGUCAGUCUAUGUGUUGUCAAGUGCACCAGCUGGAAUGAAGAAGGCUAUGUACUUCGUAUACAAGAAGAAUCCAGUGAAGACACUUCUGACAGUUGAUUGAUUGUGAUUUUAAAAAGCCAAAUGCACAUAUCAUCUACUCUGAUUUCUGAAGAAUAUAAACCACCUCCAUAAUCCAUACUUCAUGAAUAAUCAAUGCUACAUGUCCAUCCCUCUAAGCUGAACAGUCAGAGCAACAGCCCCUGGCUCCAGCUUCUUACAGAACCACGCACUUUGAGCACUUUAUGAAUGUCACGUGAGGUAUUUCCAAUACACAGAAGAACAAACCUCAAAACACUUCCCAGUUUUGGACUUACAAAAGAAGGUGAAACUUAAUAGUAGAAGGAGGGAUUAAGAAACUUGAUUCAAUCAAAAGCAAUAAUCUCCCUGACAUACUCCAGUCUCUCACAUUAAGACCGAGGAGAUCUCUUUACCUCGGUUUCAUCAUCUGCAAAAAGGGUGACGUCUCUCAAGGAUUUUGAAGGCAUAACUUGAAAAUCAUGAGGAAUCAUUCACUGAUAGGAAUAUAAUGAUGGAAGUUUCAAACACUUAUAAUAUAAUUUUACUGCUACUUAGGUAAUUCUUUGUUUUAUAGAAUCCAUCAAGGUGUUAUUGAUAGUCACAGCUUUUACUAGAUGCAAAAUCCUCAAAAGGGAAGCACUUUAAAGAAUAUAUAUUUUCACUUUUCCUAAUAUGUUUCAUCAGCGACAGGCCUGAUAAUAUUUCUGUAUGUCACACAGGGGUGACUGGAAAAAGAUAAGAUUAUAAAUAAAAUUGUUUCCAAAGAAAUGUAAAAACUGAGUAAGCAGCUAAUUGUGAAGUAAUUAAUAUUAUAAAGCCAAUAUUCAUUCCUUAUUUCUGUCAAAGGAUAUCCAUUUCUUACUGCCUUAGCUCAUCCUGGGGUCCACCCUGGUCCCUGAAAACACCACAUUCUCUCAUGUCUCCUGUCUUUUUACACACUUCCAUUUGCCCUUCUUUCCUCGUGACACUGAAACUUUCAAGUCUCAGCCAAAACAUUGCUUCUUCUGGGUAGGCUUCUUGACAUUUCUUCCCUAUUCCUAUACGUCCCUCCCCACCAUCCCUGCAGGGCUCCCAUAACACCGUGUCUACUUCCAUCCCAGCAUUUUCCAUUGUCUUGUAAUGUUUGUUUCCCCUGACAAUGAGCACCUUGAGGACAGCGACAAUCUUUGAUUCCUUAUUGCAUCCUCAAUAAAUGAUUGUUGAACUAAA